AAAAAAAAAAAAAUCUAGUCUGGGUUGUCAGCUAGGAGAAGACUUUUAUGAAAGCUCUAAAGGACAUUCUUUUCCAAAAUUUAUGCAGGAGGCAAUUUUCUCUCUGAAAUAAUUAUGGAGAUCCUUUCAUUCUUCACUUUCUUAUUUUCUUUGACCCUUUUAUCAACCUUGGAGUUAUCAUUUGCAGCUGAUACGAUAUCUUCUGGACAAUCUAUUCGAGAUGGUGAGACAUUAACUUCGUCAUCCCAGAGAUAUGAGCUAGGCUUCUUCACACCAGGGAACUCAAACAACAGGUUCUUAGGAAUAUGGUACAAGAUAACUCCUCAGGUAAUUGUGUGGGUUGCCAACAGAAACAAACCCAUUCCUGAUAAAACCGGAGUUCUAACUAUUUCCAGUAACGGAAGCCUUGUACUCAUCGACGAAGGAAAGAGAAUUCUCUGGUCCUCUAAUUCAUCAAGGAUUCUAGCAAAUCCAGAGGUACAACUCCUAGAUUCUGGGAACUUUAUCCUCAGGGAGAGUACUGACAGGAGUUCUGAGAACUACAUGUGGCAAAGCUUUGAUUAUCCAUCAGAUACAUUGUUAACAGGAAUGAAGCUUGGAUGGAACUUAAAAACCGGUUUUGAGCGAUAUCUUACAUCAUGGAGAAGUGUUGAUGAUCCAUCUGCUACAGACUUUAGUUUCAGACUCGAGAUUAAUGACGCACCUCAAUUAUAUAUUAGCUCUUCGUCAAAAAAAGUGGCCCGCAGCGGACCAUGGAAUGGCGUGCAGUUUGGUGGUAUUCCCAUGACCCACAACAAGGUCUUCAAACUAAUGGUGGUGCAUAACGAAGAUGAGUUGUAUUACAUGUAUAAGCCUUUCGACGACACAGUUCUCACACGAUUAAUUGUGAAUCAAUCUUCCGGUACAAUGCAACGUUUUGUUUUUAAUCAGGGGAGCGGAGCAUGGGAAAUUCUGUACUCUUGGCCGUUUGACACAUGUGACCAUUUUGAGCAGUGUGGUGCUAACUCCAACUGCAGAACCAGCAGGACACCGAUGUGUGAAUGCUUGAAGGGGUUUGUGCCCAAAUCACAAGAUGACUGGGGCACACCUCAGACUACAACAUGUGUAAAGAAAUCACAAGAGUCAGAUUGCCCCGAUAGAGAAGGGUUUCUGAAGCUUGUUCGUAUGAAAGUCCCUGAUAAUAAUUGGUCCAACCAAAGUAUGAAUACUCAGGAAUGUUGGGCGAAGUGCUUGAAGAAUUGUUCUUGCAUGGCUUAUGCUAAUUCAGAUAUAAGCGGAAAAGGUAGUGGUUGUUUGAUGUGGUCUGGAGACCUGACUGAUAUAAAAGAAUGUUCAGGAAGUUUCAGUUGGGGACAGGAUUUAUAUAUACGGGUUCCAGCUUCAGAACUAGUUAAUGAUUCGCAUAAAAGGAAAAUAAUAAAGAUCGUCGUGGUGGUCUCAACCAUUUGUUGCUUGUUAAUAUUGGGCCUUUUAGUCUACAAAGCUUGGAAGAAAACGACGAGCAAAGGUAAGGAAGAAGUUCAAACUUUAAUAUGCGUGGAGAAUAGGAAGGAGGACAUAGAAGUACCUUUGUUUGAUUUGGCUACCAUUGUUGCUGCUACUAACAAUUUCUCCAAAGCCAAUAUGAUUGGUGAGGGUGGAUUUGGUCCUGUAUACAAGGGAACUCUUUUGGAGGGACAAGAUAUUGCAGUGAAGAGACUUUCGAAAAAAUCAAGACAGGGUCUGGAAGAAUUCAAGAAUGAAGUAGCUUUAAUUGGCAAACUUCAACACAGGAAUCUUGUUGCGCUGGUUGGGAGCUGCAUUGAGGGAGACGAAAGGAUACUGAUCUACGAGUAUAUGCCCAAUCAGAGCUUGGAUUAUUUUAUUUUCGAUAAGGUAAGAAGGGAACUACUGUCAUGGAAAAAGCGCUUUGAAAUUGUUACUGGAAUUGCACGGGGACUUCUCUACAUCCACCAAGAUUCUAAACUUCAAAUCGUUCACCGAGAUUUGAAGACGAGCAAUAUUUUGUUAGACAAUAACUUGAAUCCUAAAAUUUCAGAUUUUGGGUUGGCAAGAAUUUUCAGAGGUGAUGACACAGAAGUGAACACAAAGAUAAUCGUCGGGACAUAUGGCUACAUGUCUCCCGAGUACGCAACAGAAGGUAUAUUCUCACUGAAAUCAGAUGUUUAUAGCUUUGGAGUGCUUCUGAUAGAGAUAAUAAGUGGAAAAAGGAAUAAAGGGUUCUGUCACCUGGAUCACCAUCAUAAUCUUAUCGGACAUGCCUGGUUGCUAUGGAAUGAUGGAAGGACCCUGGAACUAAUGGAUAGGUGUUUAAAAGAUUCUUACAACGAAUCUCAAAUUCAAAGAUGUAUUCAAGUGGGUUUAUUAUGCGUUCAGAAGUUCCCAGAAAACAGACCAGAUAUGUCGUCUGUAGUUUUUAUGUUAGCAAAUGAAGAUGUAGCGUUGCCUCGACCAAGUGAGCCAGGUUUCUUCACAGAAAGAGGUCUCAGCACAGAUACAUCAUCAAGUAAAGACACAUCUAAUACAGGAAAUGCAUUGAGUAUAACCAUUCCGGUAGGAAGAUAGAAUUUCAUGCCGAAGUUUAAUAGUAGUUUCCUGUUUGGGCAUAGAGUAAUUAUGCAGAUAUGUUCUAUUUGAAUCAUAAGCUUAAAGGACUUUAUUGUCAUUGAAUAGUUUCUUGGAGAUAUUAUACAAAUGUUUGAUGUAAAGUGGAGAUUUGUUUCAGGGCAAUUCUCGUAACAGUGAUUGGUUAUGUUAUGCCUUAAAGUUAGUAAAAUUAUAUAUUU